UAGACGCCCAUUUUUCCCAUUGGCCAUCACAAUAAAAUUCGUGACUGCAGUUUAGGACUAUUUUAGUCUUUUACUCUUUUACGGUUGUCGGCUACACUGCAUUCUGCCCCUGUUUCCCCUUUUCCAAUAACCAUAAUACCUAUUAGCCAGUCAACAGUCAGCAUUCCUUCGCCAUUUGCAAAUUGUAAUUCAUAAAGAGUAAAAUAUUAAAGUUAAUACUUCUUGUUAACGUCAAAUCUAGUAUUCUCCAAACUACACAACAAUCAUCGCAACAUGAACUUCGGAGGGCAGAAUGAUAAUGUAUCACCAAACAAAGAUGAGGCAUUGCAUGGACGGCAUGAUGCUCACAAACAUCAUGAUACAAUGGGAGAAAUUGUACAAGGACAAGGACAAGAACUUUCUAAUAAUGUGAAAAACAAUCAUGUUGAUUUGGUUGAUAAUCACGUGAAAGAAGUAAAUCCACAUUCUGAAAGCUUGGGUACUUAUCAAAUUGACAAGUAUGGAAACUGUGUAGAACGAGAUCUUAAGUAUCAUCACAGCUCUACAUAAUAACUUAAACAAUCUAUCAAUAUUUUAAUAUUUUAUUCCAGAUAAAUUAUAGAAAAAAAAACUAAAUGCACAA